AUGGCAGGGGAGAGUAUGGCCAAGGACUGGAACUUAGCACAAAUCAACAUUCAGAAUUUCUGCUACAAAUGGACCAUCAGCAACUUCCAUUUUUUCCUGGAGGAAAUGCAGCGUCCCAUUAAGAGCCCAAAGUUUUCAACAGGAGGCAAUGACAAAUGGUGUUUCAGAGUACACACUUUUGGCGUCGAUCAAGAAAGCACAGAUUACUUGUCAGUUUACCUAGUAUUGAUCAGUGCUCCAAAGAGUCAUGUUUGGGCCAAGUUCCAGCUUUGGAUCUUAAGUUCUGAAGGAGAGACAGUCUUUGGAAUGAGGACCACAAGAGUACUUAAGUUCCUACCUGGAUGCAAAUGGGGAUUUAAAAAGUUCAUCCUUCGGGAUUUCCUCUUGGAUCAUGAGUACUGGCUUCUCCCUGAAGAUCAGCUCACUCUCUUCUGUAAGGUGACAGUGUUCCAAGACUCCUUCAGCAUCUGUGACCAGAUCGGGAAGCCACUAGGGAUCCAGGUUCCAAAGUGCACGAUGGCAGAUGAGCUAGGAGAGCUGUGGGAGAAUUCUCUAUUCACAGACUGCAGCCUGGUGGUAGCUGGCCAGGAGUUCCAUGCUCACAAGGCCAUCUUAGCAGCUCGCUCUCCAGUUUUCAGAGCCAUGUUUCAACAUGACAUGAAGGAGAAUAGAACAAACCGCGUUGAGAUCCAUGAUAUGGAGCCGCAAGUCUUCCAGGCAAUGAUGGGCUUCCUUUACACUGGAAAGGCACCAGACCUCCACAGCAUGGCAGAUGCUUUGCUGGCAGCUGCUGACAAGUAUGGCCUGGAGCGUUUGAAAGUCAUGUGUGAGGAUGUCCUCUGCAGGGACCUCUCCGUGGAGAAUGCUGCCCACACUCUCUUCUUGGCUGACCUGUACAGUGCAGGGCAGCUGAAAACUCAAACACUGGAUUUCAUUACAGCUCAUGCUUCAGAGGUCUCUGAGACCUCAAGCUGGAAGACAAUGGUCCGCUCAUAUCCCUACUUUGUGGCUGAAGCAUUCCCUUGCAUGACUUUUGCACUGAGUCCUUUCCUGCAUCCCUCCCUCAAAUGUUUGAAGAGAUACUAG